AUGGCGGCCACAUCUGUGAAAUUCGCCGUCGUCCUUCCUCGGGCCGACGGAAGGUCAUUCGAGCCGAACACAGAGGCGCUCAAGCAGAGGCUCCUUCGAAGGGGCGUCUUCCCGACCCCGAAGAUCAUACGCACGCUGCGGAAGAAGGAGAUUCAGAAGGCUGUACGGAGGUCGAAGAAGCAAGUCCGCGAUGACGAGAAUCCGCCGCUAUCCGAAGCCCAGAGACAACUCGUGGAGGGAGAGGCCCUCUUCCGAACCAUAUCGACUGAGUACAGAGCGGUGAAGGAGGAGCACCGGAAGAGAAAUGCAGAGACUCCUGCCUCACCGGUCGUGGGUACGCCGUGGGAGAGGUCGAGAGGUGUCGACCCGACGAGGCUCGCGGGCGCUAGCGUGGAGCACGUUGGGCGGAGGCUGAAAAGUGAGCACUUGGCCGAGUUGGUGGAGAUGCUCCGCGAGCGGAACAGUGGGGAUAUCCACUUGCUCUUGGACGACGACGUGGAGGAAUUAUCUGUGGAGGAAAAGGGAAAAAUGUUUCUUCCAAAUAGAUUGAACGGAGAGGAAGAUCAAAUCCGUUUUCUCGUAAACAGGUCGGGUUUCGCAAUCUGUCCGCUCAAUUCAAGCUUUUUUCCCCGUUUUCUAAUGCUAUGAUAGCAUCUUUAUGAUUAAGAUUUCCAGCGAAAAUGCUAUAUGUUUAAAGCCUAAGAGAUACCAGAUGUAACAGAGGCAUCAUUCAAAUGUUUUUUGGCCUGUUAUAUUUUUUUGCAUGUGUUUCAAUAUUCUAUUUCGCAAAUGUUUGCCUUGAACUUGCCCCUUUUUUCUGGCCUCUUAAAAAUACUUGAAGUAGACGUCCGAACUAGUGGUUUCCGCCCACUUAUCAAUUGAUUUCGCGGGACUUUUUAUCUUUCUUCACCCAUCUUAGAUUAUCAUGGCUGUACUCGCGCUAUUUAAUUUAUGUCGAGAAUUGGGAAACAAUUGUGUGUGCUUCUCGUUCUAUAUGUCAUUCACAUUGGUCCUAUUUCUCCCGUAAAAACUUGCUACUUUAAGCAGAAAAUAACAUCAAUCACAUACGUAGGAAAAUAACUCCCGUUAUAUUCGUUACAACCAGACAAACUUGUCCCUGAUAUUCAACUUUAGUUCAACCUCAUUGUAGCCCAUGGUAAUGUUUGUCCAUCUCCAUCUAGAAAAUUUAGCAAAGAUUCUUAUGCUUUGGGUAUUUCGUUGGAUCUUUUUAAUCAUAGACUUGUGGGAUGCAUCUCAUGAGAAUAAUGGUGACAUAGUUAAAGUAUGAACGUGAAGAAUGUUUUUAAUUUAUUAUUUCAAUAAAAAUACCCUACCUUGUUAUGGUUCUGUUUGAUAAAACAGCUUGAAUAUUACCUAGGGACUAUGUUGGCGGAAACUAUACAAGAAGCAUUCUUUCCGCGGUAUAUCGUGAAUUUUCUUACUGUGAAUAAAUAAUAGCCAGGGUUUUCUCUCUCUCUGUUAAAUACAAACUGAAUGCCAGUUCUGUAUCCUAUGUCCUGCAUAGAGGUUCUGAAAACAUAUUCAGGGCUACUCAAUAAUCAAUUAGAUUAUUUGGAGAGACCAUUUACUUUGAAUUGAAUCUAACUGGAAAAUAUUGUAUUUGUCUGUUUUUUGAUUUUCUUAACAAAGAGCACCACUCCUUACCUCUGAUGGUUACUUUCUCAGAUUAAGCAGUAAGAACCUUACCAUCCAGGAUUGGAAAUUCUCAAGAUUCAUGAAACUAUCGGGUUUGCUCUUCACUGAGAGGAAUUUACUGAGGAUAGUUGACGAACUAGGGGCUCUUGGCAAUUGGAGACAAGCGUUGGAUGUUGUGGAGUGGGUGUACAAUAAAAAGGACUACAAACACCAUAAAAGCAGGUCAGUUUUUCCUAACCGUUUAUCUAGGAUUUUUCGGCUGUGACUUUUGACAUGCACUUUUCUUUAGGUUUGUAUACACAAAACUCUUAUCAAUUCUCGGGAAGUCAAGGAAACCCUCUGAAGCCCUUCGCAUAUUUACCCUGAUGCAAGUAAUGACGAAUUGGUCUUACCAAGUUUUGUAGUUAAAUCUUUCAUGUUAUUAGUUAGCUCGUGAGAUCCUAAUGAGCCAUCAUGAGCAGGAAGACUGCCAGUUAUAUCCUGACAUGGCAGCGUACCACAGCAUUGCUGUUACCCUUGGUCAGGCUGGAUUUUUGAAGGAACUGAUAAAUGUCAUGGACAGUAUGAAGAUGAAGCCAUCCAAAAGGCCAAAGAACUUGUGGCGUAGGGAUUGGGAUCCAUGCUUGCAGCCUGAUGUGGUCAUAUACAAUGCUGUAAUGAAUAUUUAUUUGGAAUCUAGUUUUCUCGGCAUUUGGAGUAUUAUACACUUUUAUAUCACACAUCCUGAUUUUAUUUCUAGGUGCUGAAUGCUUGUGUGGCCUCUCAUCAGUGGAAAGGAGUAUUUUGGGUUUUUGAGAAGAUAAGGUCGAGCAGAUUGAAACCCAAUGGAGCAACUUAUGGUCUUGCAAUGGAGGUAUUCACCUUAAAUUAUUACAAUUUGCUCUCUUCUGCAGCCUGUACCUCUUUUGGUAUUUAUUCGAUGCAGACAUUGCAUUCUUUGUCUGUCCUUUUUCUGCCAACUUCCACUUCUUUUAUCAAUUUACUCACCAUUAAGAAACCCUCAGGAUUUUAGUUGUUUAUUUAAAUAUCUGGGGACAUAAAGGAGGCCUUGUAUGAUGACUGUCUUCAUAUCAGUGGCCUUAAUUCCAUCUAAGAUUUGGGUAGGCGGAGUAUUAAGUCUUCGCAAAAGUUUAAGAGUAACUCAUGAACUCCCUGAGCAUUUUGGUCCCGGCCUCUUCUUCUACCAUCGGCGUAUAAUUUUGUCUUAAUGAACAAGUGUUUUAAAUCAAAAUUAUUGAUUUGACCUAAAAACCUUGGAUGUUUUAAAUCACUUGUGUCAUUUGACUUUCUUCUAAUAGGAAUCAUGGUUCAUCAACAUCGGGCAUUGCUAAAAUUAUCUCCUCUAUCAUCUUUCAGUCAGGUGAAGUUAAUCCUUUUUAACACUUGCCAACUUGGUUCUGACGUGGUAACUUGACAAAUCAGAACCUUUAGAAGCCAGUCACAAUCUCAUGCGGAACUAGAACUUAAAACUUAUUUUCCACUUUGCAAUCCAUGUCUUCUAAGUGUUGGUCAUUUCCAAAAUAUCUUCCUAGGCCUGUUGACUCUUGCCAUUUACUGAAAUAAUCUUACAAGCUUUCCUCUUUUAUUUGGUUAUUUCAAUCAAAAUUUCAUAUGCAGAUGCAUAGUUCCAAGAUAUUUUCCUAACUGGGUUAUCACGUCUACGUUUGAAUUAAUAGAAACGUUACUCAUUGUAUUUGUGUAUGUACCUUUAUUAGACGCCCUUUUGAUCGUCAAAAAACUUGCCAUACCAUCUUGGAAAACAUUGGGUCUGCUGAAGGCAGGAAAUCAUAUUACUCAAUGCAUUUACAGUUAUAUUUAUUGCAGGAACUUGUGAUCAGUGGUUUUCGCUGCACCUUUAGGCAUUCUUGUGCGAGUGACUUCACAUAACAUAACUUCUGAGGUCUAAAAAAUUUAAAAAUUUAUAUAUCAAUCCCACGUUUGGCAGACAGUGAUUAAUACGAUAUUUUUUUGUCAUUUUUCUUUAACUAGGGCUCCCAAUAUCUUUGAUGGGUUUUUAAUGUUUAUUUUCAAUGAGUUAUUUGUCUCCUUCAAAUCACUAGUGUAGGCGCUCUAGCUUAGUCGAAAAAGGUCUCACAGUCAGAAAUCAAAAGCAAAAGUAGGCAUUUCUCUAAAAGAAAACAAAAUACAGGCAGUAUAUGCUGUCUCAUUUUUUAUAUUAUUUCCUUCAAGUUGUGGUGGCAAUUUUAGUCUUACAGGUGCUCUUGUUGAAAGGUAAUGCUGGAAUCAGGUAAAUACGAAUAUGUGCACAAGUUUUUUGAAAAGAUGCAAAAAAGCGGGCUAGCUCUGAAGGCAUUAACUUAUAAAGGUUGGUACCUAUGUUAAUUCAGGUACUGAAUUACGAGAAAACAGCCUGUAUAUUUUUAAUUCAUAUUUGGCAUCGUACAUUUUAUUAUUUCACGGGCUUGUAUUCUGCAUUGUUACAGUUCUUGUUAGAACAUUUUGGAAAGAAGGUAAAAUUGAUGAAGCCAUUGACGCAGUGAGGAGUAUGGAACAAAGAGGUGUUGUUGGAAACGGUGGUGUCUACUAUGAAUUAGCAUGUGGCCUUUGCAGUAAUGGGAGAUGGAAGGAAGCUAUGCUAGAGGUGUGUUCAUUAUUUUUAUUGUACCUUGGUUGGUCUAGUACAUCCAAUGACUUGGAGUUCUGGUUCAUUUGUGGCUUUUUUUCCUUUUAAGUAUUCCUGUGGUUUAAAAAAUAUCAACAGUAGUUUGAAUAUGCUCUCUGCAAUCUUGUUGAAUUGAUUAUCUCUUUGGCUUAUGAAGCAACUGUUUCAAGCAAUGACAGGGUUAUCUGCUAGGACAGCACUCUAUUGGAAGGCCAUUCUUUGGGCAGAUUGGAUUGAUGGUUACUGGUUUGCAUUUAGAUUGACUUGCAGUGGCCCAUUGGUCCUCAUCAGAUGGAUUUGUGACAUUAUCUUCUACAUAUGCAUUUUAUCCCGGCGGCUUAUCAUUCCUUCCUACACAUAUUUGUUGCACAUAGGUGCAACACAUUUAAGUAGAUAUUUUUCAAUGUCAUAUUUUAUUUUCCUUCUUAACAAAAAAUACAUAUUUCUAUCCCUUCUUCAUUAGUGAUAUCUUGUACAGAAAAAGUGGUUGCUUUAAAAUUAUGACAUGUGUUCCAUUCCAGCCGUGGCAUUGGAAAUAUCCCCCGACUUGAAUGGGCCUUGAAAAUUCCUUUUUGUCAUUUAGAUAUCUGAUAGAGCACGAAUUGGCCAGUUUUUACUCUUUUUGGCUAUUCACUUUGGUUUGACCUUCUUUAGCAUUUCAAAGGACCCACCCUAAUAACCGUUAUCUGAGCUGAUCCUGAUCGAUUUCAGCCAUUGUCAAGUUUACGAUGAUAUGUUUUUCUGCUAUAAAGUUGUGCUCUUGCAUCCUGAUGCCAGCCGUUUUGUUUGAUUCUCAUGCUAAUGAAUUUCCCUCUUUUUUCUGACCAAAUCAAAAUGAGUUUUCCUUCUUUUUUGGGGGGCAAGGGUGGCUGAUGUCGAAAGUUUCCAUCUAUAUUGUUUUUAGGGUACCAAAGCCAUUGAUCGGAACUUGAGGACUAAUCCACGAACAAUUGUGUAUACUUUCAGAGUUCACUGUAUAAAUUAUUUUCACUCUGAGAUAAGCGGGCACAACUAGUUUUUAUCGCUGGGUUGAAGGGUCUAGUCUCUGGUUCUUCCUGUUCAUUUGCUUGCCCCCAAUUUUACGAAGGGUCUAGUCGCUGGGACAACUAGCUUUCGGUUGCCCCCAAUUCUAUUUAAAGCGGUUUUUGGGGAUCAUCUCCCGAGAAAUGUAUAGAAUUCUUUUUUGCAGAUUGAAAGCAGAUUGAAAUGGCGUACUGGUUUUCUCAAUCGUUACUUCUUUAUGACUUUCCUCUUUCAUGAGUUUACACAAUCUUAUGCAUAUUUCCAAUUGUCCAUGUUUUAUCAUCAUCAAUUAUAUUAUUAUAAUCUCACGUCGACAUGUUUUUCUGCAUCUUGCUGAUCAUAAGAAUCCUGUCAAAAUUGUUAUAGGUUGAAAAAAUGAAAAGACUUCCUCUCAGCAAGUCAUUGGAAGUAGCGUUCACAGGCAUUAUCCAGUCUGCAAUGGAUGGAGGACAUUUCUGUGACUGUAUCUCUAUUUUUGAGUACAUGAAAGAUCAUUGUGCUCCUAACAUUGGAACAAUUAAUGCCAUGUUGAAAGUCUACGGCCGCAAUGAUAUGUUUGCAAAAGCUAGAGACUUGUUUGAAGCCAUCAAGCAGAAAGACGUUGGCUCUCUCAUUCCGGAUUCCUACUCUUAUCGGAUAAUGCUUGACGCCUCUGCUAAUGCCCAUCAGUGGGAGUACUUCGAGUAUCUGUACCGGGAGAUGACUCUCUGUGGUUACACUAUAGAUCAGGGCGUGCAUGCGUGGCUACUUCUUGAAGCAUCAAGAGUUGGAAAGGUAACCUUCUAUAGUACACCUUUCAAUGAUAAUCGGGCUUCUAAGAGCAUUAUUGUAGUAAAACAUGAUAUCAUAACCUACGACCUCAUCAGUUGAUGUGGUAUAUGUAGCAUAUUUCGUGUUUUGGAAUAUUUUUAUUCAAAAGGAUUUAAGCUUGAAUAAUUUGCUAUUAAGCGUAAAAAAAUUCAAAUUUGGAUUAUAAUCUAGCAAAAUUCUCUUGGUUUCUGUGUGGCAUCCCUGAUAUUCUGGGCACCUGUACUUCUGCCAUUGGGGGAACUGUUAUCUUGUGGCAAUUAAGUUUGCACUGUCAAGAUCCAUGGCACUAUUAAAUUCGAAAACCCAUGUCUAAGUCCUCCAUUUAUUUAUGCCAAUGUCUUCAGAAGUAUCUUUUAAAUUUCAGGAUACGUUAAACAAUCCCAUGAUAGUGCCAUUCUACUGAUGUCCUGCUUUUCUCUGUUGCUCCUCCGCAGUGGCAUCUGUUGGAGCACGCCUUUGAUGCGAUCUUGGAAGGAGGCGAUAUACCUCAUGUGUCCCUUUUUACUGAAAUGAUAAUCCAGAACGUUGUUCGAGAAAAUUAUGUGCAGGCAGUCGCGAUUGUCAAUAGCAUGGCAUAUGCGUCCAUUAAUUUCAGCGAGAAGCAGUGGACAGAACUUUUCAAUCGAAGCGGGAAUCGGAUAAGUCAGCAUAAUCUGCACAGAUUUCUUCAAACCCUUGACGCUAGCACUGUCGUUGCAGAGGCUCCUGUGCCCAAUUUAUUAAACUCACUGCAGCUUCUAUGCCGACCGAAGCCAUUGCUCAAUACGUCCAGAGAAAGCCGAUACGGUGACUUGGAAGCAGAGACAUCUGCUUCAGAUGAGAAUUAUAUUGAGGAUAAUAAUGGAAUGACAAAGGAUGCCUUUGAGAAACCUGAUGGGGAAUCCCUCAUUGGUGGAAUUGUUGAUGUCUCCCUAAAUUUGGAAGAACGUGGUGCUAAGCUGGCUUCUGACUUCUCUACUGAUGACGCCCCUAGUGGGAGACCUGUGUUUUAUGACGACUCGGAGGCUUCUGCAACAGAGACAGCACUCGAUUUGCUAACUGAGGACGUUGAUUUUUCUUCUAAUCCUGGACUGCCAUCUGCAUCCCAGAUACUGGAAGUCUGGAGGGAGAAGAGGAUGAAGGAUGGUGUCUUCCCCAAAUUCCAGCUUUGA